CGUUUGCGAUGCAGUUCGAUUGUGACCAGUGUAACAGUACCUUCAAACGAAGAGCUCAUCUUCAAGAGCAUCAAAGAAUUCAUCGGAAAGAACGUCCCUUUGUGUGCACCGAAUGCGGUAAGCAGUUUGUGCAAUCAAAUCAACUAACCCGGCACCGCAAUUCCGUUCAUCGGAACCUGAAACCUUACCAGUGCGAAAUUUGCGGUCUUCGGUUCGGACAGACCGGCCAUUUGGACACCCACCGGAGGACACAUUUGGGCAGCACCAGUAGCAGCCGGCAUCGAUGCGGGGACUGCGGGAAACGGUUCUCCCAGGCGGGGAGUUUGAGGCGACAUCAAAGGGUUCAUCGGAAAAUUGAGCAAGAGAAUGCAAAUCAAGUGGUUGAUCAUCAGCAGAGUGUUGUCAUUGAGAAAACCACCGAUGACGAUGGUACCGAGGGGAAAUUGAACGUCCUCGAAGAUCUGGGAACAACGUCAGAUAAGAAACGUCGAAAGCCGAGACAGGUUGGUAAAAAGUCGACAUGUGAAAUUUGUAACCGAAGCUACACAAGCUGGUAUCUGAAAGUGCAUAUGCGUGGCCAUUCCGGGGAGCGGCCUUUUCAAUGUUCACUUUGCGGCAAAAGCUAUAAACUGUCGACGGACCUCAAAACUCAUCUCCGGAGACACACCGGUGAACGUCCGUUUCGAUGCACCGAGUGCGGUAAAAGUUUCACCCUUUCCGGCCAGUUGAAGAAACAUCAACGGGUCCACAGUGGCGAGGCGCCCUACGAGUGUGGCACCUGUGGUCAAAAAUUUAAACGAUGGGGACAUCUGAAGAGCCAUCGACGCCUACACAAUCCGGCAGAAAUGUUUCGAUGCAUGGUUUGCAACCGACAGUACACGCAACCGGCCCAGUUGAAGAUUCACCAGAGGAAGCACAGUUCCAGUGUUGCCAGCUUUUGAGGGUUGUUAUCCGAAAAAUGAAUAUUUGUU